GCGGGAGCCUGCCGUGCCGAUAAGGAGCACCCUUCCCUCUCCUGCCCGGUGUCCCACCAGGCCAGCCGCUGGUCGGGAGGUUACCCUCGCAGCCCACCCCGCCCUCGAUUAUCCAGGCAGGCGGGAGCGCCUGGAGGCGCCCGCGCGCGUUUGCCGCUGUUCCCGCGCAGCGCCGUGAGGUGAUCCCGGCAGAGGCGGCUCCAGGAGCCUCCCUACCUCGGCUGCUUCCUCACAGCUCCUCAAAACCCCCGGCCGUCGCAGGAGCCCCUCGCCGUGCCUUGGGAGAGCUCUCCCGCGGGCCUUGGAGAGAGGCUUCCCUGUGACAGCGCCCUGCCUCGCUGCCGGGUGGGCUGAGGGCUCAGGGAGCAGCGCCUUCUUCUCUCGGUCAGGCUCUGUCCCCCGCCCAGCACCCUGUUUCCCCUCAGUUUUCUCUGAGACCCAGGCGCUGCCUUGGGGCAAUCAACUAUACACCAUGAAUAAAACCAGGCACCAGUCUCUCUUCUUUGUCAGUCUGCCAGAGCUGCAAAAACUCUGUGCUGCUACAGUAACACUGAGUUCUCAGAUACCAGAAGCUGAGACAAGGAGUACACAGAUAAAAACUUGCAGACAGUUAUUAUUCCUGUAUCAAGAGAUCCUUUCUGCACCUGUUAUUGGAACACUGAAUCAAAUUUCAGUUGUAAUGGCGAUACCAUUUUACAACUCGGGAAUAUGUCAAGCCUAUGUAGAGAGACAAGGAGCUACUCUGGAAGGACCUCAAACAGUUACUCCAGCCAUCCUUCAAACCUGUCUCUCCUAUACGCUUACAGCCAGACUUGCACCCAAAUGGAACAAGGCUGGCCAUCUCUUGGUGCAAGGAAAAGACUUUCUGUCUCAUUCAGGAAGGCAAAAUGCUGUUGUUGUAGACCUCAAUGUGUCAGAGAGACAGCUUUGCAUCAGUGUGGAGGCUUGCUCUAUUCGUUUGCCACCCCCUGAGCUGGGAGAUUUCGAUAUUUCAGAAAACACUGUAAAGCUGUUUGACAGCAAUGAAAAUACAGUUAUUCACCAACAUUCCAUAUUAAGUAACUGGUGCUAUGUUUUGCCAAGCAUGAAAAUGGGUCAGAUCAUAAACAUCAGCCAUAUAAUUCCUCCAGAAUCUCCUUUCCAUUCAUAUAAAGAAUUUCAGGUGCACUGGAAGAGUUUGUAUGGUUAUAUUCUUCCUGAGGAUCUUGAAGACACAAAAAUAUACUUGAGUGUUUACUUCAAACCAAUAGGGGAAAGGUUCUUCACGUAUCCUUUAAGUUGCGUUCGUAGUCAGCCAGUGCAGUAUUUCCCUAGAACAGAUGCAGAAAGUGUAGUGAACUCUUUUGUUUCUGACGUGAAGAGCAAUCUUUCACAACUAUGUGGAUUCCCAGUGAAGAUGACAAGUAAAGCACUUUAUGGUACACAAGAACUCUCCAGGGCUCUGGAAAUAAAAUCUAAGCAUAUGAAAUUGGAUGGUGAGAUGGUUUGUGUAGUAUCUCUAACGCAGGCUCCUCCAAGGAAUCCGACUUUGCCUAGACUUCCUUCACCGUGCAGUACGGAAAACAGCCACUGGAUGGAGCGUUUGCUCAAAGAGCCAGGAACACGCAGUUUUUCGAGUAGCAGCGAGGGCGCCGGAGAGGUUAGCACUGAAGCAACAGAGAAAUCAACGAAUAAUAAGCAAAUACCAGGAGUACCGGAGUUACCAGUUGCGAAAUCUUUAGGAAUACCGGUAAACUCAGCCUUUGAACUCCCUCCCCCAAAAGUCAGCAAAAUUAUACCAAUUUUCAAAGGAAAGUUGAUGCAAAUGAACGGGAAGGCCACAAAUCAAGUGGAUAGGAAGAAAAGGGAAAAUGCUGAAAGACCAAUAAAAGUUAUGGGUGUUUCAUCUUCUGUGCUGACUGUGCACAAGUCCAGCAUAACUCAGGUUUUCAAACAAGGUCAAAAUUUGCCAGUCAAAAAUCCUACUGACAGCAGCAUAUUUCAGGUAAUGAAAACAAAAACACACACAAAACAUGGUACACCCAUAUUUCGAUGGAAAACAGAGUCUGGUGGACAAAUUACUAACUCUGAUUUUUCUGAAAACUCAACUUCAGGUGGGAAUUCAAGUGAAGUCAACCACAAAAAGACAAAUUCUUCUUUCUUUCUUAAGAAUGUUGGGCCAGUGCUUCAGAAAUCCAACACCAAUCUGAGUCUGAAUGCAUAUGAAUCUCCUAUUUCCAGUGCAAGAAGAGGAAAAAAGUUUGCAAGUCAAAAUACCCUGCAAGUUCUUCAGGAACAACUCCAGUCAGAGGAAGUGCGCUCGCAGAUUUGUAAAUUAGACAAUGAAAUUACAAAUUCCGGUUUAUCACUGCAACAAACAAAGAGAUCAAAUAAAGCCGUGGGGUUAAAUAUUCAUGAAUCUGUCUUCAAAGGUAUAGUUUGCAUUGCCAGAAGUGAAGAAAAUAAAGCAUCAUGCCAUUCUAAGGACUAUAUCGCUAAGACAACCAGUCGUCAUUCCAAAUCUAAUUUUGAACAGAUGAUUACAGGGAACAAGUAUCUGACAUGUGAAACACUGACCUCAGAACUGACUUCAUCAGUCAAGGAGAACAAUAUGGAAGAAUCUGUAAAGAAAGGUUGUGCCAGAAGAAGACAGGUUUCCAAGAGGGCAUACUUGAGGAUCUUCAAGCUUUGCAUAUUUAGCUCUGUUUGUCAUUGGUACCUGUUUCUUCAUGAAAAACUGAGUGUUAAAUACAGUUAAGUGAAUCCUUGUAUCAGCAACGUCUCCAGACAGUUCAGGUUAAUAAGAUUCUAAUGAACUUAAAAAUUUAGCUAAAUUGUUUAGUUUUUGAAUCACAUUAUAUCUGUCCUAGUACCUGCUUACACAGUUAAUCAUUCUUUCAAGUUUUUUUGAUGUUUCAAGUCUGGUUUGUAUAGAUAUAAUAUCUAAUUCUUUCCUAUAAUGUCUGGACCACUUUGUUUCAUCAGUAAAACAUUCUUAAAUAAGUUUUCCUUGUCAAUUCAAAUGCUUAGAAAAUAAAAAAUAAUUUUAUUCUUAGGGGAAUGAUCUGAAGGCCAGGUUUGAUUAAAGCUUCAUUAAUUCUUAUUGUAAUUUUUGACAGAUUUUCAGAAAUGAAACUGCUCUGUAAAAGACUUGUUUUAAGUUUAAUUGACAAGCUAUUUUUCAGGAGUUUAUGCAGAAUAUGUAGUUGCCCUUUGGUUAAUUUUAUCACCAUAAGUGUAUCUUCAAUGACCUACUCAAAGGUGCAGUUACAAAUAUAAACAUAUAUAUAUGGUUGUUGCCCCAUAAUCACUGUUUUAAAGUGAACCUUAUUACUUUACCUGGAACAUAAGAAUUCAAUGUCACCCUAGCUCCUAAACUCAAGCAUUAUAGAACUGAAGUUUAACACUUGUUUUAGAUAUACAUUUGCAAAUCUUUUUUUCCUAAAGGAAUUGAUACAAUAGAACUUUAUGUGCUUUAUGAAAAUUUUUAAUGUUUAUAUUGCCACAUUGGUAUUUUUAUUUGCCUCAUUUUUCAAAGCACGAUUUUGCCCUACUACUAUGACAACUUUUGGUUUGUUUUGUUGUGGAGUUUUUUUGAAUGGUGACUGCUAACAUAGCUUAAAUUUCAUGGUGCAAGUGUUUAAAAGGAAGUGGGCACUUCAACAGUAUGUCAUUUUCUCAUACAUAAUAUAAAAAUAUACAAGCCAAGACAAACAUCACAAAACUUUGAGCAAUAUGCAAGAAAUCAAAUUAUAUUUACAUUCUAUCCGGAAAUUGGUAUAUAAAGCUAAUUUUCAAAUUCUGUGGAUUAGUUACUCUUUUAUAGAUUUAACUUUAUGUAAUUGAUCCUUUACUUGUCCUACAACGUGGUAAAGCCUGUAGAGCAGUUGCACUUCUACCAUGCUAUAUAAAUUAGUGCUUUACCUAAUCUGUUUCCUGUUGUUGCUGUUAAGAUGCUGCUGGUUGCCAACAUUUGCCUUGUAUUACCACAGAAGUAAUUUUGCCCUAUUCUUGCAUUUUCAAAUGUUUACACUGUUUUGUUAUGUUAUAAUACUCAAAAUACAGAAAAUUUAGUUAUUGCAGAUCCAGUGUUUUCCAUUUAAAAUAAACUAUUGAAUUACC